GUCCCGGUGUAAGUCACGCCCACUUUUGGUUGCCGACGCUAUAGUUGAGAAUGGUUGUAUUAUUGUUUACGUCUGUGAGAUUUGAACGGUGUAAUGACGAGUUAAAGAGAAAGUAAAGAAAAUAAUGAAAUGACAACAAGUAGCUCCAAGUCAGGAGAGUGAUGAAAACUGGUACUUAAACGUAUAUGUUCGGAAACUCAUGGAGUUACGCAACGCGACACGGAGGCAGUUAGUGUUGAGGAGCGGGAGGCGAGGCUGUAAAAGAUCCACCAGCAUGAAGCGGGACGCGGGGAAAGUUUUGAGGUCGAUACCGCUGCACGUCAACGAGCCCGGCGACGCGACCAUCGAAGAGGCCUGCUUUACCUUGAGCUUGUCCAAGCAGGCCGGCCUCGAGAACGCCAGCGUAGUCAUGGCACCGCGGUACAGCCUGCUCCGGGAGGUGGGUCGGGGAAGCUACGGGGUCGUCUACGAGGCCGUGGCCCGAAAAUCCGGCGCCCGCGUGGCGGUCAAGAAGCUCCGCUGCGACGCGCCAGAGAAGGUCGAGCUGGCCCUGUCUGAGUUCUGGGCCUUGGCCAGCUUGGACAAGAAACACGAAAACAUCGUCCAGCUGGAGGAGUGUGUGCUGGAGAGGAAUGGCAUGGCGCAGAAAAUGAGCCACGGCAACAAAAGAUCCAAACAGUAUUUAAGAUUAGUGGAAACUUCAUUAAAAGGUGAGCGUAUUCCCGGUUAUCCAGAAGAACCAUGCUACCUCUGGUUCGUAAUGGAGUUCUGCGAAGGUGGUGACCUGAACCAGUACAUCCUGUCACGACAGCCCGACCCAAAAACCAACAGGAGCUUCAUGAAGCAGCUGACCAGCGCCGUGGCCUUCCUGCACAAGAACAACAUCGUCCACCGCGACCUCAAACCCGACAACAUCCUGAUCUCACAUAAGUUCGGCGCUCCCGUCAUCAAGGUGGCCGACUUCGGUCUGAGCAAGGUGUGCGCCGGUCUUGGGUGCGUAGAACGUGGGUCUGAAGGACACAUCGAAAAGAAUGUCAAUGUCAACAAGUUCUGGUUGUCGUCAGCAUGUGGUUCAGACUUCUACAUGGCGCCUGAAGUAUGGGAGGGCCACUACACGGCCAAGGCAGACAUCUUUGCACUCGGCAUCAUCAUUUGGGCUAUGCUCGAGCGGAUCACAUUUAUCGAUGGCGAGUCGAGGCGCGAGCUCUUGGGCACGUAUGUUCGUCAAGGCAGCGAGAUUGUGCCAGUGGGCGAGGCGCUGCUUGAGAACCCUAGGAUGGUCUUACACAUCCCACAGAAGCCACGCAGCUCAAUGUCCAACGCCAUCCGGAUGCUUCUGCACGACAUGUUGGCCGUUAAUCCGGAGGACCGACCGGAUGCCUUCCAGCUGGAGCACAGGAUGGACCAAGUCACGUGUGCCACUUGAACCAGACCAGAUGAACUUCAAGCUAAAUUUCAGGUUUGAGAGCAGCACGAGCGUCCGAUCGCUCAGCAGGACGGAGAAUGGGAACUAUGAGUUUCAUAACUGUGAAGCACGUAUCGGCGUAAGGACAGGAAAUUAAAGUCUUCAGGAUGUCAUGGAAAUCAGCCCGGUCACGCAGAUCCCAUAAACGAUCGUGCCUGACAUUUCUGCAUGUCUGGUCUGCAGUUGUUCUGCCCCCCCCUUCUUUUAAGUUUUAUCAGCACUGUUUAUAGGGUUUGGGUUUUUUUGUUUAUUUUUUACAUUGUUUUUCAUUUCUCUGUCAUAUUGAUUGUGCUGUUGUUCGGGACCAAAAACAGGAGAAAAGACAACAUGUUGCACUUUGUACUCAUCGCCUCUACACUUCUCGCAACCUUAAAGAGCGUCCGUACACGACGUUAGGGAUACUGGAAUGUUCUUUGAGAUGUUGAACGUUCCGGAGUCAGCACGGGCGUAACAGCGAUCAUUGAAAGAUGCACUGUGAACGAAAUAAUCUGGUGUGUGUGUGUGUGUGUGUGUGCGUGUUUGGCUGCGCAACAGCCUCCUGGUUCAUGAGCUUACUCCUGUGCCUUAUUUAAUUUUUGGCAGUUUCACACAAUUUGAACUGAAUCCUCACUUAUCUUGUUUCCUCACAUGCAAAAAAAAAAAAAAAAGAGCCAGGUUUCUAUAUUUGACGACAUUUUAUUUUUGUGUAGGGAUUUGUGAAAAUGUGCAUAUCGUAAAAUAUGCAUGCAUCAAUUAUAUGUUCAUUGUCCACAAGAUUUCUUUGGUCAAAAAACAUAGGAUUGUCCCAGACAUCAGGUAUGCCUGUGUGUAAUAUAUAUAUAUAUAUAUAUAUAUAUAUAUAUAUAUAUAUAUAUAUAUAUAUAUAUAUAUAUAUAUAUAUAUAUAUAUAUAUAUAUAUACACACACGAGCGAACUACAUGGCAAAAACAUGUGACCUAUAUCAUGAUAUUUAAAUGUGCUUUAAAAAAAGUGCAAUCUGAAUUUUAAAAGUAUAUUUCUAUGCAACAGUGAAAAAAAUUAACAAACAGUCCACAUGCGUAAGGAAAUUUUUUAAAUCGUAUGUUUUUAUUUUUUAUUCAAACGUUUUCUGUCCACGUGAAAUCCUCAAGUCACCGAAUUCACGGCUUUUUGAAAACGGGCACUUCUGGCGUCGUUCUGAUGCGGCCAUGUUGUUUUUCAGUGUUUCGACCUUCUCUACGCAGCUCUUUACGUUACUCUAGAGGUGGCUUUUUUUUUUUUUAUGUGCAUUCGUUACGUCACAUAUAUUGCCACCUGCUGCUCAUGUUUUUGCGGUUUAUCAUGAAGGUGUUGAAGUGGACAGGAAUGUUUUUUUUUUUGUUUGUUUUUUUUUAAGCGGGGAGUAAAAAAAACAAACUGCGUAUUCAAACCCGUAUACAUGUGCAUUUUAACGUCCAAUCAGCUCCGUGUUAGCUGAGUUAGUCAAUUUAGAGUUGCAAAGGUUUCCGUUAAAUGAAUGUAUGAUUUUAGAAUUCAUCACGAUAUCCGAAACACGCAUACAAGACCUCACAAACGCUCUUAUAGCUGAACCGAAUGAAAACAAAUCCCCACAGAUACACCCCAAAAUUAAUUGGAAAUCCUUCCCAGAAGAGUGGAGCACAUCAUAACUGCAAAUCUGGAACGGGAAGUUGAACAAGCACAUACGGGUCUGAUGGUCAGGUGUGCACAAACUUCUGGUCUGUAAAAACCAUUUAUAGCACUGUCGAAAACUGUAUAUUUCAAACAAACAUCCAUUUUUAUCGCCUUUUAUUACGUUUGAUUCUUCGGUUGUAUAAAGUGUGAAAAGGGAACAAAAUGAGCACUUUGGGGAUUCGGUUUAUUGUCUGUUAUUUAAACCAAUCUAACCCUUGGUUUGAGUACAAGCACGCACAAAAAAUGCUGCUGUUGAAGUAAACAGUGAGCUGGAAUUGUGCAAUUUUGCUCAAAUUUUAAACAGUGAGGACCCAUGGGAAAUUUAGUCAGUAGAGAUUGUACAUACGGAAGGAGAAGUUUACAAUCCGAUUGGAUAACCGAAACACUACGUGAACACGCUACUGCUCGGAACGUUUCAGACGCCGUUUUACAUCUGCUCAUGUUUUAGAUCAUUUCCGAGGCUGUGCAGAAAGUAUGAUCCAUUUCCUCAGCGGUCCACUUUCACAUCAAUCUUCUCAAAGGUGUGUGUUUAUUUUCCUUGGUUUACUUGUUCGAUGGUUCUACCUCAUUUUUUUUCUUCCUACUUUCAUGAUGUUCCUGGUUUUCAUGACACGGUGUCAUUUUCUCUUAAAGGCUAUUAAAGGAUUUCAGACGUAAA